CUCUGCCUGCAGAAGAAAAACUGUAAACAAAAAUAGGGGAGAAAACACAGAGAGGAAGAGAAGCAAGUCCACAGGAAAAGAGAGGGAGAGAUUCUGAGAGUCAAGGAAGAGUCUCAAUCUUGAAAAAGCUCGUGGGUUUCUCUUCAAAAAUUGAUGUGCACGUGCAGUCAAAAGAAAAGAUCAUAGAUUGAAAGGAGGGAGAAAAGCAAAGAAAAUAAAAGAGAGAGGAUAAAGAGGGAUUUUUGUUUCAAUUCUUUUUUUAAGGGGCUUGAGAAUAGAAAUAUGUCAAACUCCGCAUCAAAUCACGGUAGUGGUGGCGGUGGUGGAGGUAAUGGCAGCUCCGAGACCCAAGUCGUGCUUAAUGUAUAUGACCUCACCCCUCUCAAUCAUUAUACAGUUUGGUUUGGUUUUGGCAUCUUCCAUUCUGGCAUUGAAGUUCAUGGGAUGGAAUAUGGGUUUGGAGCACAUGACUUUCCCAUCAGUGGAGUCUUUGAAGUGGAGCCCAAAAGCUGUCCUGGUUUUAUUUUUAGAUCUUCUGUCCCACUGGGUCGAAUCAACAUGCCUCCAUCAGAAUUCCGUACUUUCAUUGAGAGUGUGGCUUCUGAGUAUCAUGGUGAUACCUAUCAUCUCAUCUCCAAGAAUUGCAAUCAUUUCACAGAUGAUAUGGCCCGAAGGCUUACAGGAAGAGGAAUACCUGGGUGGGUGAACAGGCUGGCACAUAUGGGUGCUUUCUGCAGUUGUCUUCUCCCUGAAAGUCUUCAAGCAACCACCGUUAAGCAGCUUCCGGAGUACCACCCAGAAGAAGAUGGGAGUGCUUCUGUCUCGAGUAAUACAGCUCAUGAAGCUACAGAAAGUGAAGAUGGUGAUCAGGACAAGCACCUGCUGUCACCAUCACCUGGAUAUGGAGAAGUAGCCUUUAUAAAAGAGGUGUCAAGGUGAUAUGAGGCUCUGUUGAUGAGCCCGGAGAUGGUACUGUUCUUUUCCAAGGAGUGGUGCAAUCUUUGCGGGAUGUAAUGCGUGAAAAAUUUCUAGUGCAAAGACGGUAAGACAUUGAGACCAGUUGCUACUGAUGAAAUUGUUAUUCCUUGGGUGAUUUAGUGUUUGUUAGGUUCAUUGUGUUUUUCUCGCUUUCUAUAUGGUUUUUAUUUUGAAGUCAAAGAACUUAGAAUUCAGAAGAGACAUGGUUGAUCGUAGUGGUGGUCCCUACUGUGGAGCUCUCAGAAAUAUUUGGUAGUUGGUCGUUUUCUUGGAACAUCGCAGAUGGCAUCCGUACAUAUGUCCGAUUGUAUUAUCCGGCAGGAAGGAGACAUGAGCAAACAGGUUAGAGAUAUACAAAUUCCCGGUCCCUGAGUUCAUUCUUUGUGGGGGUCAUAUGGCCCAAGCAGCAGUGGAAAGGUCGGCAAUUGGUCGAAGUGCUCAUCACACGAGUAACUAGUGCAACAACCGUCUUCCUUAUUGUUAUUCACUGCCUUUCGUGUUGUGCCAUAAGCUAUGUAGCUUUGUAACUUUAUCAAAAUGACUUUGCACUAUUCAUGAGACCUUUGCGCCUAUUUUUGGCUGUGACUAAUGUGACAAAGCUGCAACCCUUUGCGAAGGUA